GUGAUCACUAUAAAUAGGGAGACAAGGUUCUUUCUCUUACCCUCACAACACUAAACCAGUCACUUGCGCUUUGGUUCUGCACUGUCUGGUGACUCUGGUUUACUUCCACUCACUGAAUUUCUUUGUUCAAAUUCCAUUCUUUCGUUCUUUUGGAGCUUGAUAAAUGGCAACCGAAACCUUUCUCUUCACAUCUGAGUCUGUGAACGAGGGUCACCCCGACAAGCUGUGCGACCAGAUCUCUGAUGCAGUGCUCGACGCGUGCCUUGCUCAGGACCCUGACAGCAAGGUUGCCUGUGAAACAUGCUCCAAGACAAACAUGGUCAUGGUCUUUGGGGAGAUCACAACCAAGGCCGAAGUAGACUACGAGAAGAUUGUCCGUGACACAUGCCGCAGCAUUGGAUUCAUCUCUGAUGAUGUCGGUCUUGAUGCUGACAAAUGCAAGGUGUUGGUGAACAUCGAGCAGCAGAGCCCUGAUAUCGCCCAGNAUUAUAAU